AAGUGUCUGUAGGAGUGAAUAGGAAGUGGUGAUUCCUAUGGUGGAGAUGGCCGCGCUGGCUCAGCUGCCCCCGCUGCCCCCUCAGUUUAAGAGCAUUCAGCAUCAUCUGAGGACGGCUCAGGAGCAUGACAAGCGGGACCCUGUGGUGGCCUAUUACUGUCGGUUAUAUGCUAUGCAAACUGGAAUGAAGAUUGAUAGCAAAACUCCGGAAUGUCGCAAAUUUUUAUCAAAGCUAAUGGAUCAAUUAGAAGCUCUUAAGAAACAGCUGGGUGAUAAUGAAGCUAUUACACAAGAAAUAGUUGGUUGUGCUCAUUUGGAGAAUUAUGCUUUGAAAAUGUUUUUGUAUGCAGACAAUGAAGAUCGUGCUGGGCGAUUUCACAAAAAUAUGAUCAAGUCCUUCUAUACUGCAAGCCUUUUAAUAGAUGUCAUAACAGUAUUUGGAGAACUCACAGAUGAAAAUGUGAAACACAGAAAGUAUGCAAGGUGGAAGGCAACAUAUAUCCAUAAUUGUCUGAAAAAUGGAGAAACUCCUCAAGCAGGCCCUGUGGGAAUUGAGGAAGAUAAUGUAGAUGUUGAAGAAAAUGAAGAUGCCGGCGCAGCCUCUCUUCCCACUCAGCCACCUCAGCCGUCAUCCUCCUCGACUUAUGACCCAGGCAGCAUCCCAUCAGGCAGCUAUACAGGAAUCCAGAUUCCUCCAGGUGCACAUGCGCCAGCCAACACACCAGCAGAGGUGCCGCACAGCACAGGUGUCACGAGUAAUACUAUCCAGCCUUCUCCACAGACUGUCCCAGCCAUUGAUCCUGCGCUGUUCAGUACAGUUUCCCAGGGGGAUGUCCGUCUAACUCCAGAGGACUUUGCUAGAGCUCAGAAAUACUGCAAAUAUGCGGGCAGUGCUUUGCAGUAUGAAGAUGUGAUCACAGCCGUACAGAAUCUACAGAAGGCCCUCAAGUUGCUGACAACAGGCAGAGAAUGAACCCUUUGUACAGGAGAUUCGUGUAUUUUUGGCAGAAGGAGCUAACGUCCGUUACUCUGUCAUCGGCCUAUCAGGAGCACAGUUUUAAGGGGGACUUUAGUUCCAUUCAAUGUGACAAUGAAAUCUGUGUCUGAUUCCUACUGAAGCGUUUAGCAGCAGCCUCAGCCAGUUUUCAUUGUCGGUUUAGUGGAUUCCAUGAUCUCUGAGUCUAUAGGACUGAUGUUAGCAAGAUUCUUUAAAAACGUCCAUUGAACCCUACUUCAAAAAUGAAAACACACCACUAUAAAAUUAUAGUGGGAAUAAGCUUGUUAAUUCAGGUACAUUAGGGGAUUUUCUAAAAAUCUAUACUAUUUGAACAAACCACAUUACUUUGCUAUAAAACUCUAAAUUUAACUUUUAAUAAAGAUUGCCAGAAUAUUCUAGAGAUCAUGUUUUUGUUUUCCUCAAACUUCACAAAAUAAAUGUGAAUAUCUGAAAAUGUUAGAUGAAUCCAAAAGACAUUAUGUCAGAACCCUUAAUUUGUAUUCAUAUUAGAUAUAACUGUGUCACAAAUUUAAAACUAUGAAAAGAAAUAAAAAUGAGGUCAAGCAGUAGAGUCACAUUUAGACUCAAGAAUGACGUUGGUUUCCUUACUUGAUUCCCUUUAUCCACUGAAGCGUAAAAGGAAUUGGCCUUUGCUUCGAUGGCAGUUUGACUGCAUGUAUAUGAAAAUGAAAAAUCAGUUAUAGUAAUGCCUGGGAACUUGGUGCUUCAAGUUAAGAUUUUCCUCAGCUGCUGUGGAAUGGGUUCGACAGAGUAUAUAGAUGGAAUGAUGCCGAAGAUUAUAGGACUUCAGAUUCUCAGUUACUAAGUUUAUAAGUUUUGUGGGGGAUUAUAGACUUACUGUAUCACCUGCAUUUGUGCUGUGUAGAAAAUAAAUACAAAGAGUCUUUUCAUUAGCUCAACCUUAUUAUAAAGCCAAAUGUCUGUUUUGAUUUGCAUGGCAGAAUUGUCCUUUUUAAACAUGUUUAUGUUCAGUUAUAGGAAUACAAAUGUUUCUGUAGUAAGGAACAGUUUUUAAGGUGAAUUUGACAAAUUUACUUGAAGCUUAUGUGUUUCCUUUUGCUUAUGGCCCUUGGAUUAAAAUCUUUUAGGUGUCAGCGAGCUGUGGCCCAUGGACGGUUCACCUGUAGUAUAAGAUUUUACUGGAACAAAACCAUACCCGUUCAUUUAUGUUUUGACUGGUUGUUUUGCACAACUUAGAGUUGUGUGGCUUGCAAGCUUAAAACAUUUAUUAUCUUGCCCUUCAAAAAGAAAUAUAAUAAUACCUAUUCCAAUUGCCUAGUUGAAAAAAAAGUGAAUCACUAACUCAUCACCAUUUGUGUUAAUUAUUCUUUGCAUAAAUAUGGUGCGCAAGGUUUGAUAGAAUGAAUGUUGGUUGAAUGAACAAUUCUAAAUUAUCACAAAAAAUACCCAAAAACAUACCUCCUGAAAAAUGUUCUCAGAUCUUCCACAAGAUGUAUAAACAGGUAUAGAGUCCAGCAUUUGCGUCUGGGAACACAGUGCUCUGAUACAGCUCUGUAGAACAUCAUCAUAAUUGGAAGCUGGCUAGGGUGAUUUUUCUGAAAGAGUUAAAUAUAGUUCCACAGAUUUUACUUCAGACCUUAACAUGUCUGUACACUAAACCAUUACCUCCUGUUUCAUAACCUUCCUGUUGGCUCACUACUGAGCAGGCACAUCGAGGGAGGAGACAGUGUAGUAACCAUGAGAAUCCACUGCCAAGUGGGCUAUGUAACGUAGCAGAGUCCUUUCUGUAAAGUAGAAGUGACACCGCUAGCCACUCAUAGUUUAUUAUGAGAAUUAAAUGCGAUGCCACACGUGAGGUAUUUAUUAACACAUGGUAGUAUUCUAUAACUGUUUACUGUUGUUAAGUUUAAUGCUCUAAUGAUUAAUGUAAAUGGGUACAAAUUAUUUCCCCAAUACCAGGAAAUCCCAGUUGUCUUUGUAGCCCAAUGCUUAAAAAUGCUUUCUUGCAUGAGGGGACUAAACUAUAUAAUGUUUUUUAA